GGAGGCGAUGGCGGCCGACGGGGACUGGCAGGAUUUCUAUGAGUUCCAGGAGCCGGCCCGGAGCUUCCGGGACGAGGAGAACUGUAACGCGAGCCCCGAGGCAGGGGCCGGGGCAGGGGCGGGCGGGGGAGGUAUCGGCUUCCCCGCGCUGGCCCGCAGCUUGGAGGAGAAGCUGAGCCUGUGUUUCCGGCCGUCGGGCGCGGGGGCCGAUCCCCCGCGGGCGGCCGUGCGGCCCAUCACGGAGCGCAGCCUCCUGCAGGGGGACGAGAUUUGGAAUGCUCUGACAGAUAAUUAUGGAAACGUAAUGCCUGUGGACUGGAAGUCAUCCCACACCAGGACCUUGCACUUGCUUACUCUGAACCUCUCAGAAAAAGGGAUCAGUGACAGUUUGUUCUUUGAUACAUCAGAUGAUGAGGAACUUCGAGAACAGCUGGAUAUGCACUCCAUCAUUGUCUCCUGUGUCAGCGAGGAGCCCCUCUUCACUGCAGAUCAGGUUAUUGAAGAAAUCGAAGAAAUGAUGCAGGAAUCCCCGGACCCAGAAGAUGAUGAAACCCCCACGCAGUCCGAUCGACUUUCGAUGCUUUCCCAGGAAAUUCAGACCCUUAAGAGAUAUAGUACAAGCAGUUAUGAAGAGAGAGUGAAAAGGCUCUCAGUGUCUGAACUAAAUGAGCUCCUGGAAGAAAUUGAGACCGCCAUUAAGGAUUACUCUGAAGAGCUGGUGCAGCAGUUGGCCCUACGAGAUGAACUAGAGUUUGAAAAGGAAGUGAAAAACAGCUUCAUUUCUGUUCUUAUUGAAGUGCAAAACAAACAGAAAGAGCACAAAGAAAUGGCCAAAAAGAAGAAGAAACUCAAAAACAGCAGCUCUCAGAAUGGCAAGCAUGAGAAGAGUCAUAUGCCCGGCACACGCUUCAGCAUGGAAGGGAUCUCAAAUGUCAUUCAGAAUGGCCUCCGCCACACCUUUGGAAAUUCGGGUGGAGAGAAACAGUACUUGACAACAGUCAUUCCUUAUGAGAAAAAAAACGGACCACCGUCUGUUGAAGAUCUUCAAGUAUUAACAAAAAUUCUUCGUGCCAUGAAGGAGGACAGUGAGAAAGUCCCAAGCUUAUUAACUGAUUAUAUAUUGAAAGUUCUGUGUCCUACAUAGAGUGGCAUCACGUCAGGGGCACCCUUCCCUCCGUGGACAGCGAGCCUGGGUCUCUGUAGCGUUCUCCUGAAAGCUGGCUGCCGCUACUUUCCUGCACUGCUGCUGGAAAUGGAGCACACAUGAACUUGGGUUUGUGAUUUCAGUAUUAAUAGAUCAUGACUCCACUGAUUCUUUAUAUUACCAAAUAAAUAGGGCACUGUUUUGAAAUCUAGAGAUGGUUUUUGUUAAAUCUGUUAACAAUCAUGAAUUGUUCUCUAACUUUGUAGAGGAAGAAGGAGUAGUAUUAACUCUGCAUGUGCAGUUAUAUUUUUCAUGAACUGGCAGUAUGCUCAUUUGAGUUUUUACGGCUUUCUAGAUCUAAAUUGCACUGAAGAGCUAGGUUAAAGCAUUAAGAGAUUCAUACUAUAGCUAUUCUUCAGUGAUGGCAAGAAGCAACACUGAUUUUUAUAAGAGAACUGUCAAUAUACAUAUUACCGACCAGUAUUGCCCAGACAGCCUGAAACGGAACAAACUUGGGCAGUUCUUCGAGUGACGCCAGAAUAGGCGUUACCUUGGCUUAAAACUUAGUGAAUGUUGACACUGUUGGAGACGUGGAUUUGUAUAGCUUCUGCUUGUCACCAUUGUUCCAAUUUUAACCAUUAAGUUGCCAUUCACUUUUAGAAUCUUAUUAAAACUUUUUGAUGUUUAAAUGUUUUGUUUCAUGUGUCUGAAGAAGUGUACUGUAAAAGGAGCUUGCAUCCUUUAAGGUGCUUAAGAAACUGCUGCAGCGUUGCCCCUUUCCCAUUACUGUGUUUUAUUUUAUGAUGCCUGUUUCUCUACAGUACUAAUUCUAGAAACAGCUACUCAUGGAGAUACAUCACUAGUCAUGCAACAUUUUGCUGGUUCUAAUCAUCAAGUCAGUGUCAUUUAAUAAAUGGAAAAAAAAAGUAAGAUAUGCUUGAGAGCCUUAUUUUGAGUUUUUUUGUUUUGUUUUCCAUCCUUUGCAACGCUUCUGUUACUGUCCUGUGGAGAGUCUGUCCCUUCAUGAUUGAGCUAGUGAAACUCUGAUCAGCCCCAGAGAGCUGUGGGCAGGGGAGAGGGACCUUGCCAGGUUGUGCAGAGCCGCUUUGGAAUGGAAUGAUUGAAGUCCUGCUUGCUUUCUGGGGCUUUGAGACAUGCCAAGCCGCUAUGGCAGCCCCCUCCCUUAUAUGACAUGAGUGCACAUGGGACUUGCUAUCAAGCGGGUGUUUAAAUUCCACUUAAAUGUCCGUGAGCGUACAGAGAUAAUCCACAUUCCUCACUCCACUCAGUCAUUAAGACACUGUAACUGCAAAGGCUGGUAGUAGCUUGGUUUGAAGUUUGAUGCCAACAACUCGGCAUCUCAGCCAUUACGAUAGUGGAAAUAUGGGACUUAUUUGCCCCUUCCCCUCAAAUUGAUGAAGAUGCAUACUUAUACAGUAAUAUUAAACAAAUCUGAUGUGCAUUUAUAAAAAAUUUGCUUUAUAGCUAAAGCCAUGUAGCUUUAAAAGACACACUGUAAAAAGUCCUGGGGAUGUGUUUUUGAAGAGGUUCAACAAUGGUCUGUUUUAUAGCUCAUUCUUAAAUUAAUGCUUCUGAAAUGUAUGGCAGUAGACCUGUUUUUCCCUGUCAACUCAAAGUCUCCUUGUAAUUAGGUUUCUUCUCAUCUUGCUGGAUAAACUUUUUAUUCCUCAGCAGUUAACUAGUAGGGCUUCCCACCACAACCCCUGUGUGUGAUGAAUUUGUUUAAUACACUGAUUUAGUGAUGGGCAUGUUUCUGACCUGUGACUGAUGCAGGCAGGUUUUUGCCCCCUAAGCACAGCAUCCCUGUGUCGUUAUACUCCAUUGGGCACCUUUUGGGCAAGGAUUCCUUGGGGAAGGCCUACAUUCUGAGGGAGGCGUCAGGGCUGCCCGUGGCACUGGAGGUUCAUUGGAUUGGCAACCUUACACAGAUGGGCUAUUUGUCUUUCUAAUCCCAGAUAUGGAAUCUUUUCCAGAGCUACACUGUGUGACUUCUUUUAGAUUCAAAAUGUUUAUUGGCUGCCAAGAACCAAACUGCAAAUAAUCCCUUUACAGCUUUGUAUUUUUUUUUAAAGAAAGGCAAGGCAAACUGUAGAACUACAUUGCACUCCAAGUGCCAUAUAUCUACUUUAUUUUUCAGGAAAUUAUAUUUGUUUUUCUUUUACAAGAGCACAACAGGAACCAAAGUAAAAGAGUAAUAGAUACAGCACUCAGGAUAAAUCAUAUCUUUAAAAUAAUAAAAAAAUUUACACCUUGUCCUAUAUCCUGUUAGUAUUUUCAUAAUAUGGCCAUGAUUUUUGAAAAACAAAAGCAAGCAUUUACAACUUUUUGGAUAGACUUUUUAUGCCAGGAAUGGAUUAACUGUCAACAAAAUUUUAUACUAAUCUGAUGUAAAUCUGUUGUUACAUUAACAAAUUUUGGAAAUAGAUAAAAAUAUUGCCCCUUGAUAAUAAAUCUUUUUUUUCCUUUGAUGCAAACAGCUAGAACACCUUUUUCUUUUCUUUUUUUGAUAUUCUAAGACAAAAGAAAUGGUUAAUCUUCAGAUUAAUAAAUUAGGUCAUUAUAAUAAUAAAUUAAUUUUUUUUAAAGUUCAGCAACCUCUGUCCAAGUAUUUACAACAAUACUUGAAAGUUCCUUUACAAAACAGAACACAUUUCUUUUCACAUUAAGCAUACUGGGUAUCUGUGUCUUUCACAACAAGCAUUUUUAAAAGAAAAAUCAACGCACAAAUGGGUAAUUAGUAUAAAAGUGCUAAGAGCUGUUUGAAAAGUUAACACUAUAAUAUACAGUCAGAGUUAUAUUUGAGGCAAACUACAAUAAAAUUCCAGCUUAUUGUGGACAAUGUUCCAGUAGUUGUUUCAAACAGUUGUUUGAAAAAAAAAAAAAAAAAUCCAG